AUGCCGACCGUGACUGAGCUAGAGGCGGAAUGGGGUUACGUUUCUCGGGCGCAGGAGCUGAACCCUGACGGAGAGCGAAGAAUCGAAGACGAGCGCGGAGAGGGUAGCACGGCCGGGAGGAGGGAACCGCGGACACCGAGGGACGCGGCGGGAAACACCCCAGAGAAGACACCAGAACGCCAGCUCGGAACGGCAGCCCUCCCGCCCUCGCGCACCCGCUUCCCGCCCCCGGCGCAGGGUCCCACGGCCCGGGCAGCGAGCCCCCUCGGCACUGUUACCUCAGCUCCACCGCUGCUGCGAACUUCCAAAAAGCCCGCGCGGCGGGACGCCACCACACUUCCGUCACGAGACACAACAGGCCCCGCCCCCAAGGCUUAUUUCCGCUGCCCGGGCGCACGCGCGUGGGGUGUACCAUUAAGGCAGAAGGGGUGUGGGGUGCUCGGAAGUUCCCACUCCCAGCCUCGGGUGGGCACAUUCCGUGUGGUCCCUGAAGAGGAGCAGGAGCUCCGUGCCCAGCUGGAGCGGCUUACAACCAAGGACCAUGGGCCUGUCUUUGGCCCGUGCAGCCAGCUCCCCCGCCACACCUUACAGAAGGCCAAGGACGAGCUGAAUGAGAGGGAGGAGACCCGGGAGGACGUGGUUCGAGAGCUGCAGGAGCUGGUGCAGGCGGAGGCGGCGUCUGGGCAGGAGCUGGCCCGGGCGGUGGCCGAGAGGGUGCAGGGGAGGGACAGCGCCUUCUUCAUGCGCUUCAUCCGCGCGCGCAAGUUCCACGUGGGGCGCGCCUACGAGCUGCUCCGAGGCUACGUGAACUUCCGGCUGCAGUACCCUGAGCUCUUUGAUAGCCUGUCCCUGGAGGCCGUGCGCUGCACCGUGGAGGCUGGCUACCCUGGUGUCCUCUCCAGUCGGGACAAAUAUGGCCGAGUGGUCAUGCUCUUCAACAUCGAGAACUGGGACAGUGAAGAAAUCACCUUCGAUGAGAUCUUGCAGGCAUAUUGUUUCAUCCUGGAGAAGCUACUAGAGAAUGAGGAGACUCAAAUUAAUGGCUUCUGCAUCGUUGAGAACUUCAAGGGCUUUACCAUGCAGCAGGCUGCCGGACUCCGGGCUUCUGAUCUCAGGAAAAUGGUAGACAUGCUCCAGGACUCCUUCCCAGCCCGGUUUAAAGCCGUCCACUUCAUCCACCAGCCGUGGUACUUCACCACGACCUACAACAUGGUCAAGCCCUUCUUGAAGAGCAAGCUGCUGGAAAGGGUCUUUGUCCAUGGAGAUGACCUCUCUGGCUUCUUCCAGGAGAUCGAUGAGGACAUCCUGCCCGCCGACUUUGGGGGCACAUUGCCCAAGUAUGAUGGCAAGGCGGUCGCUGAGCAGCUCUUUGGCCCCCGGCCUCAAGCCGACAACACAGCCUUCUGAGGACUGACGUCUCCGGCUGUGCAACCUGUAGUUAGCAUCCCGGGCUCUCCUCGGCCGUCCUGGCCCCAGGAGGUUGGGAAAAGGGCUGCCUGAGGUGGUUCCUCUGCUCCUCCCUGUGCUUGGAUGAGUUCAGGUGUCACCCUCCUCCCAAGUUCAGGGACGAUAAAGCAGGGGGAGUUCCCUUGGACAAGAAGAAUUGGGGGCAGUUAUAUUCCCACAGCCUCUGAAGCUCAGAACAGUGACUUGCUCGGGGUUGAGUUUCAAAGACUCUUCUAAUUAAGCCUCUCGAUGAUUUCCUUUCUAGCGGUGUUGCCUCUCAGGGUCUGUGAAAACAGGCAAAGAGGCUGAUUUAUAGGUCUC